AUGGCCAGGUUUAGAUUACCUCGUACCAGCUUCUAUUUUGUAACUGCGCCCGCCAUUUUUGAAAACCCAGUUUCUUCCUUCUCCUCGAUUUCCUUCAAUACCCAUUCGCAAAAUGACAACUUUUCGGAUACCAAACAGCAAUUUGCCAAACUGUGUUCCAAAGGGUGCGUAAAAGAAGCCUUCGAGAGCUUCGUGUAUGAGUUAUGGGAAGAGCCUCGUUUGUUCUCUACUCUCCUUCAAUCAUGCAUUUCUACAAACUCUGUAUUUUUAGGAAAACAGCUUCAUUCUUUGAUAUUCACUUCUGGGUGUUCCUCAGACAAGUUCAUUAACAAUCACGUUCUUAACCUCUACUCAAAAUUUGGGGAACUUCAUGCUGCUGUUAAGCUGUUUGAGAGGAUGCCGAGGAGGAAUAUUAUGUCGUGUAAUAUCAUGAUCAAGGCUUAUCUUGAAACGGGCGACCACGCGAAUGCUCGUAAGCUGUUUGAUGAAAUGCCUGAGAGAAAUGUUGCCACGUGGAAUGCGAUGGUCACUGGGUUGAUCAAGUUUGGAGCAAAUGAAGAGUCUUUGUUGUUGUUUUCGAAGAUGAAUGUGUUGGGUUUUGUGCCGGAUGAGUAUUCGUUUGGGAGCGUGCUUAGAGGAUGUGCGCAUUUGAGAGCUUUGGUUGGAGGGCAGCAGGUUCAUGCUUAUGUUGUGAAAUGCGGGUUUGAGUUUAAUUCGGUUGUUGGAUGCUCUUUGGCUCAUAUGUAUAUGAAAGCUGGAAGCUUGCAUGAUGGGGAGAGAAUUAUCAAAUGGAUGCCAAAUUGUAAUUUGGUUGCUUGGAAUACACUUAUGGCUGGAAAAGCUCAAAAUAGGUACUUUGAGGGUGUUCUGGAUCAUUACCGAAUGAUGAAAAUGGCUGGAUUUAGACCAGAUAAGAUUAGUUUUGUGAGUGUGAUCAGUUCAUGUUCUGAGUUAGCCACCCUUUGUCAAGGGAAGCAGAUUCAUGCUGAAGUAAUCAAAGCCGGGGCUAGCUCUGUAGUUUCCGUAAUUAGUUCAUUGGUUAGUAUGUACUCUAAAUGUGGAAGUUUGCAAGAUUCCAUCAAAGCUUUUUCCGAAUGCGAAGAGCGAGAUGUUGUAUUAUGGAGUUCAAUGAUUGCUGCUUAUGGGUUUCAUGGUCAAGGGGAAAGAGCCAUCAAGCUAUUCAAUGAUAUGGAGCGGGAGAAUUUGGCGGGAAAUGAAGUUACUUUCUUGAGUUUGCUAUAUGCUUGUAGUCAUUGUGGACUGAAGGAUAAAGGACUUGGUUUCUUUGACAUGAUGAUACAGAAGUAUGGACUCAAGGCUAGACUAGAACACUAUACUUGUGUGGUUGACCUACUAGGCAGGUCUGGUUGUUUAGACGAGGCAGAGGCUAUGAUACGAUCCCUGCCCGUAACAGCAGAUGCAAUCAUAUGGAAAACAUUAUUAUCUGCAUGUAAAAUCCACAAGAAUGAAGAAAUGGCGAGAAGGGUUGCUGAAGAAGUUCUUAGGAUUGAUCCUCAAGACUCAGCUUCAUAUGUUCUACUUGCUGGUAUUCAUGCUUCAGCCAAGAGGUGGCAGAAUGUUUCUGAGGUGAGGAGAGCCAUGAAAGACAAGAUGCUGAAGAAAGAGCCAGGAAUAAGUUGGGUGGAAGUGAAGAAUCAGGUUCACCAGUUCAGGAUGGGUGAUGAAAGCCAUCCAAAGUCUAUGGAGAUUAAUCAGUAUCUUGAAGAAUUAACUUCAGAAAUGAAGAUGCGGGGCUAUGUGCCUGAUAUUAGCUCUGUCUUACAUGACAUGGACAAUGAGGAAAAAGAAUACAACUUGACACACCACAGCGAGAAAAUAGCUAUUGCUUUUGCUUUAUUGAGCACCCCAAAGGGAGAGCCAAUUCGAGUGAUGAAAAACUUGCGAGUUUGCGGUGACUGUCAUGUUGCCAUCAAGUACAUAUCAGAAAUAAAAAACUCAGAAAUUAUUGUUCGAGAUUCUAGCAGGUUUCACCAUUUCAAAAAUGGGGUAUGUUCUUGUGGAGAUUAUUGGUAA